AUGCCAAUAGAUGCUCGUACAAUUUUAAAGUCAAAUAUGGAAAACAAAUCUGUACAAGUAAUUGCUGUUAAUCCAGGAUAUUAUUAUCAUUUUGGUUUGGGUUUAGCUAUUAAACAUCAUUUUUGUCUUAAUCCAAUUAUUAAUAUUGAUAUAAUUCAGAUUGUGAUUGGAAUAGAUGGUCUACCACUUUCCAAAAGUAGCUCCAGCCAAUUUUGGCCAAUAUUAGGUUAUAUUCGUCCAUUUAAAGAUUCUGUUUUUCUUAUUGGUUUGUACUGGGGCCAUGAGAAACCUAAGGAUUCCAAUGAAUUUUUAAAUGAAUUUGUUGUAGAAACCAAAAAUUUACUACUUAAUGGUUUAAAUAUUGAUGGUACGAUUAAACAAAUACAAAUUGAUGGCUUUUGUUUAGACACACCUGCUAAAAGUUUUAUAUUAAAGAUUAAGGGACAUGCUGGAUUUGAUUCUUGUACAAGGUGCCUUGAAGAGGGAGAGUACUUAAAAAAUAGAAUUUGUUUCCCUUAUUCCUCAAAUUCAGUUAAACGCACACAUAAUGAUUAUUUAGUAAGAAAAUAUGAGGAACAUCAUGUAGGACAUACAAUUUCUAUAUUAUCUGAUUUGCCUAUUAACAUCAUAAAUUCAUUUGGUCUUGACUAUAUGCACCUCACUUGUCUUGGUCUUAUGCGUAAGCUGCUCCAUUUAUGGAUCAAUAAUGGUCCAUUAAAUGUUAGACUUCAAAGUUCAGUAUCAAAACAGUUGUCAUCAUCUCUUUUGAAUUUAAGAUCAUAUAUACCAUGUGAAUUUUCUCGUAAACCAAGAGGAAUUAAUGAGUUAAAAAGGUUUAAAGCCACUGAAUUACGACAACUGUUAAUAUACACUGAUUAUGUGGACUAUUGGUGUUUUAUUGAAGAGGACUGUGUUGAAAUUGUACCGGCAUUUUGGUUCAAAAAUGGGCUUUGUGCUUGGCCUAAAAAAAAUGUGAACCAACGCACAAAUCCUAAUGAUAUUGAAUUUAAUUAUUAUAAAGCUAGAGCUCUAUCUAAAGAUAUUGAAAGUCUACAAGUAGCACGAUCAAGACUAGUUCGUGCUGAAGAUACUUCAGAACUUUCAUCUUACGAUUUUGAUAAGUCUACUCGACGCAAGCGUCAUCAAAAACAUAUAUCAUCAGAUGAUGAAUCAGAGCGUGACUAUCAGAUGAAGAGUCUUAAUAGUAAAACCAAAAAAAAGAAAGAUUCAAAACAUGGAAAUUCUUCACAGUUUAUUCUAGAUCCUUCUGUGUUUCAAAAUAAUGAUGUGGACAUUAAUCACAAAAAAACUAUUGAAGAUGAUAACUAUGAUAAAGAUAAUAUUCCAAGUUCUCAACAGGCAUAUAAUAUAACCAACGAGACAAGCGACAAUACCCAUUCAAAUAUAUUUGAUAGCUGUAAUUCAGUGUUAAUUUCUCCUUCUGGGAAAUGGAAGGUUACUACAGUAAACAAUGAGGAAACUGAUUUUAUAUCAAGUAGAAAAAAACUUGAUUUUGACCAUACACCAUUUACAACCAAUGAUUUAAAAAAAGAUACUUUAUAUUCAUCAACUCCUUCAUUAAAAAAAUGUUUUUCAAUCACUGGCAAUGCAUCAAAACCGCACCAGACUUAUGAUGAUAACAACACUAAAGUAUCCGUUCAACUCUCACAAUCUACAUUGUUGUCACCACUAAAGACCCCAAGUACUAAUCUUGGAUUAAAAUACAAAACUGAUCAAAAUAGUAACAAAACUAAAAAACAGCAUCAAGAAUCAAAUCAAAUUGCUGGUCUUAUUGAUACUGUUCAUCAACUCAUACGCACAACCAGUAAUUUAAGAUUUGAAAUUAGAGAAUUAGCUAAGAAAAUGGAUACUAUGGAUCAAAGACUUAAUGAUACUAUUGUUAAUACAAGUUCUGCAGUACAUGAAAAUAAUGAUUUGUCUGACGAGUCAUCUUGGGAUUUACCUCUUACAACAAUUGAAAAUUUGGAGUUAUUUGAAGAAAAAUUAUCUGAUAAAUUGUUUAGAAAGAAAGUGAUAAAUGAACUAUCAAGAUAUGAAAGAUCAACUAUAGCUGAAACUACUAGGCAAAUAACAUCAAAGAUUUUUCACAAUAACUUACUUUCACAAUUUUCAUAUCAUGGCCAAAAACAUAAAAGAGUCUUUUCGGUUCUAAAUUCAUGUUCGCUCAUAUUUAGUACAGUUAGGAGCGUCAGAAAGUAUAACUGCUGUCCAGAUAUAGACAUAUCUAAACCAUUGAAAAUUUAUAUGGCCAAUGCUAAAGCACGUGAAGAAAAUAAACAAAGAAAAAAUAAAGACCUUAUUUCUAAUUUGAGUUAAUUUUGUUAUUAAUAUAUGUAUGAUAAAGAAUUGUCUAAAAAGUUUUUUAUAUUAUUCAUACAAAAUAUACACUUUGU